AGUGACGUCAGGCGCAUCGGAAGUCCCUGCGGCCGCGGUGUUGUGCUGUGGGAAAGAGACGGACGGCUUUAGGAGCCCGGGAGAGUGAUUCUCGCCUUUCCGAGGCCGGUAUCGCGCUGAGACCCCCGGGGAGAAGCAGCCGUCGCCAUGUCUGACCAGGAAGCAAAGCCUUCUGCUGAGGACUUGGGGGAAAAGAAAGAAGGAGAAUACAUUAAACUUAAAGUCAUUGGGCAGGACAGCAGUGAAAUUCACUUCAAGGUGAAAAUGACAACACAUCUCAAGAAACUCAAAGAAUCAUACUGUCAGAGACAGGGUGUUCCAAUGAACUCACUCAGGUUUCUCUUUGAAGGUCAGAGAAUUGCUGAUAAUCAUACUCCAAAAGAGCUGGGCAUGGAGGAAGAAGAUGUGAUUGAAGUUUAUCAGGAACAGACAGGGGGUCAUUCAGCAGUUUAGAUCAUCUGUUUUUUUUUUUCCUUUCCCCUUAAUCCUUUUUUAUUUUUAAACAAUAGUUCUUUUGUAAUGUGGUGUUUGACACUGAAUUGAAACUGGCGCCCUAUCUCUGGGAGUCUUACUUUCAAAGUCUGGUAUUUUGAAUUCUAGUGCUCAUUAUACACUAUCAUUUGUUUUCAUUGUGCUGAACUCUUGUGAUCAAGCCGCAGCCCCCUUCCUACUUCCCUACCAUCUUUUUUGAAAUACGUGUAUGUACAUACAUGCCACAUUCACUAGGACUGUGAAUUGCAGGCUUGAAGGUGAUAAGAUCUGCCAGAGCGAGUGUUCUAAAUGACUUUCAUAUUGACCCUGAAGUUCUGGUGUGUCAUUGCUUCACUCCUGGACUAUAACUUUCAGUGGGCGAUGGAAGUUUUUCAGAGGACUGAACUGUGGAAAAAUGAUGUUUCCUUAAUUUGAAGCUACUUUUUAACAAAUCUGAUGGCCUGGACCGGAAGAGGAAUAUCAGGUUGGAAAUGGAGAUGAUAGAUCAGGUUACAGUCAUGACUAACUCCAGAGGUGCUUCACUGAAGAGACAAACCAUUUUAUGAUUUUAAAUCUUGUCAGAAGAACCCAGAAAAGUUACUAAUUUUCCAUUAGCAAUUAAUAAAGGUAUUGAUGCAGAAAUGUAUGUAGCAGAUCACUGCUAUCUUUUGACUUUAUUGUACUUUUUGGCCUGGGACAUGGGUUUUAAAUGGACAUUAUCUGUACCAGCUUCAUUAAAAUAAACAAAAUAUUUGUAAAAAUUGUAUUAAUGUUCUUUUUCUUUUCAGAUUUGUAGAAAGACUUAAAACAAACAUCCCAGACAAAUUAUUCUUAACAGUACAGUAGACAUCUGUUAAUUCUCAGUCUAAAUAGUCAUUUUCUUCAGUACUCUGUUGUGAUUGUCAUCAAAUGUGCUGUCAUCAUAGCAUCAGACUGUGAAAUUCCUUCUGAAUCUGCAUAAAAAUACUAAAUUGUGUCCAAUGUA